GCGGCUCAACUCCAUGCGAUCAGUCAGGAGCUCUACCAACUGGCGGCGUGCCAAGCAGUGGAUGGAAUGCAACUCCCACUGAACCUUCGGUCUCUCUUCCACCCAUGCCCAGUCUGCCACCACCUGUUUCGCAAGCACCGGCAGAGACACCUACUGAGGUUGCGACUCAAUACCCGACCGGUACUGUAGGAUGUUUAUCAAUGACCACGCUGACUAUGGCUUCGAGAACGUUUUCAUGGUGUGCUCAAGUCGCGACAGGUGGAACGGGACCGGACGCCACAUCAACUCCUUCUGGAGAAUAUGCUUUCUCUGCUCGAGACAACGUCGAGUUACCUGGUCCAUCCACCUGGUCGACUGUCUUGCGAUCAUCCAGCUCAGUUUCUCGAUCUCAAUCGUCCACCAACAGCGAGAGUCCCUCGCCAUCUGCUUGCGGCAACCGAGCCGAUGUGGGUGAUUUCACGUUUACCUUCGAUGACCUUCCACCUCUCGGAUCUGGAUCAGACCCCAAUGUUGGACCGAUGCCCUUAUUCAGCCCAUACCACCGAUUCUACUUCUCUUCGGGAUUUGCUGUUCUUCCUCCACCCCCCGCACCCUAUGACCCUUCCUCCGGCAAGCUGAUGAUUCAGUUUACACCCCCGUCUCUGUCGAACAUGUCUGGUCCUGAUGCGCCAGCACAGAUCAGCGUCGGGCCCCAGACGUCCUCAGAUUGUUUCCCUUUCAACUUCAACGGCUUCAGCCUCGGGUGCAACUCCACGGAUUCACCAUGUUCCUUCAAUUUCACGGGAAUGCGUUACGAUGAACAGGUCCAGAAGGAGACGGAAGUGGUCUGGCUGACAAUUGAAGUCCCCGCGUGCCCUUCGAUGAGCCACUGCAAGCUUCUCCCAAUCGAGUUCACUGGUUUCGAGCAAUUGACAUCAGUCAUGAUCAGCCUGAAGGUGGAUGGCAAGCCCAAGACUUGGUGGGCAGACGACCUCGCUCUCGGAUGGUCCGACAACCAGUGCGAGAAGGCUGUGUGCCGGUCUAAGGUGCGCGACUCUGUUCGCAAGCGUGAUGGGACUUCUAGCAUCCGACGGGUGAUAUCGAGACCAUUGGAUUUUGCAUUGUUCCGUGGUUGAACUACAGCGCCAGCAUGCCGUAGGUAGGAAUCACGUUGCUGAGUAUCUGACCUAAUUUGCUCCUUGUCAGGAAGUUUGCUUGAGAUGUAAUAGGGGGCCCAUUAUAGAAGGGGUUAUUGCCUCUGUCUACGGGAUAAUAGGUAUAUGGGAGGAGAUUGAAGAGAUGAAGUCCAACAUGAUGGCGAUUUUGGUCGAUCGACUGUGCUAAUGUACCAUUACGACUUAAUUAACUACAAGAGAUCGUAGAAAUGUCACUAGACAUAUUUGCCUACAGAGAGAAUCAAAGUCUUAAUUGUGUUUCAUUCUCAUGACAUGUCAACGUAUACACAUCUGACCAAAUGGCAAGCGAUCCACCUUGAACGAAAGAUAGGAGAUCGGGAGACCUAUCUAGGUAGUGAGCAUGGACCGAAUAACCGAAUUCUAGCGAUAUCGGAGAAAGCCAAUAUCUAUAAAGGCAUUUAUCAGCAAAGCGCACAUAAGUCUAGGUACAGCCUGAGUUCAACAUUUUAUAUGCGCCUGGGUAAGUACCUGGGGAUAUUUUUGAGCCUCUAACCAUCCAUACCUAGUCCAUUCAUCAAU